AUGUUUCUAGAAUAUUCAUUGGAAUUUGAAAAGAAUUUUACAGAUUUGAAAAAAGUGAUGCGAACAUUCGAGAAUGGAUCUGGUGCAUCAGGUAAAUCGAUGCAAAACAGUGGAAUCGACUUCUUUGGUCCACCUUUUCGGAGUAAUCCCACAGUCAGAAAGGCCAAAAAAGAUGGAAUCUUUGUGAGCGGUUGCGAUCCGGAACUGUUCUGUUGUCCACUGAAGCGAGCGAAUGGGACAAUCGAUUGCAAUCGCGGUUAUCGACUUGAACAAAACCGACGAGUGGAAUGUAUCCCACUUACUUGCUAA